AUGUGUAUAUGUUCAAAAAUGUCUGCGCCCAUGGAGGACACGCCGCACGAUGAUGUUUGUGAAAUAGAGGCAACGGUGAUAACGGGUUUUGAAAAUGUAGCGAAGGAAGAAGCAGAAGAAAAGCUUAAAGUUCCAGUGGAUGUAAAACGCGGGCGAAUCGCAUUCAAGAUUCCAACUGCAGAUGUCAAGAAGGUGCUGGAGCUGGGAGGCAUUGAUAACUGCUUUGUCGUGAUGUCCCGAUUUCCUGAUGUCAACUUCACAAAUGAUGAGUUGGAAUGUAUGGCAGCACUAAGAAAGAUUGUAUACACUGUAAACUGGAAGCUGGGGCUGGCUGCAUGGAGCAAUGUCUAUUCAUUUCCUCGUCCCAUUUCUACUACUCCAGAGGUUAUACCAAAGGAUCUAGGGGAGCCGACUCUGUCCUCCAGGUUUCAUCGUCCAAACGACCCCUCUCAACAGCGGGGCCCCAAAUUAUCCAAAUCCGAGAAGAGAAAGCUUCGAAAGAAGCAAGCUUGGGAGAGAUCUACUGGACAGAAUGUUCAACAGCAGAAAGAAAGGAAGAAAGUGGAAAAAGCUGAAGAUCCGAAUAAUGGUGGCUCAGUAGAUGAGAGCAGUAGUGUUUCAAGUGAUAAUAAAUCUCCAAUGAAGAGUGGCGACAUGUCUGAAAAUCUGUCAGAAAAUGUCCAAACACAAUUACGUCAGGCAGAAAGUGAUCCAAACAAGACUGUUGAAAGUGACCCAGCCGAGGCUGUUGAAAGUGACUUUUCCCCAGUCAGUAAGAAACAAAAGACAACUGAACAUGAUCCCAACAAACCUGCGUUUAGAGUGACGUGCAAUCGUAACGGUGGCAGUCAUCCAUUCGACUCUAUGGGGGCCGCCUCCAAUUUCGGAGGAGCAGUGUACAAUUAUUUCCACUGGAAUGUGUCGAUGAAGGAGUUUGACAUCGAGGUGAUAUUGAACAUUGAUGAUCGAGAUGUCACGGUGUGUCUGGGUUUAACGAAGCAGAGUCUUCAUCACAGAUUUAUCAAAGCAUUCGGACCGACAGCUCUCAGAGCGACCAUUGCGUUUAACAUGCUCAGACUUUGUAAGAUUGAGCCAGGAGAAGUGAUAUGCGACCCAAUGUGUGGGGGAGGAACCAUCCCAAUCCAGUCAGCAGUGUCCUGGGAAGAUUGUACCACUCUGUGUGGUGACAUCAUACAUAAGGCGGUGAAGAGGACCACGGAAAAUGUCAAUUACGUCUCCCAGACACAGCCAUUGUCAGUGGAGGUUGUGAGAUGGGAUGUCACCAAGUUACCGCUGAGGACAGAGAGUAUGGAUGUCUGCGUUACAGAUCUGCCAUUUGGAAUAAGGAGUGGAUCGAAGAUGAAUAAUUGGCGGUUGUACCCGGGAGCCCUAAUGGAGAUGGCUCGAGUAUGUCGAGUGGAAAAAGGUCGAGCGUGCUUAUUGACCCAAGACAAAAAGUGUAUCAAUAAAGCUUUGUCAGUAACAGCCAAAUACUGGAAGUGUCGGAAUAUGGUUGGAUUUAACAUGGGAGGAUUAGCUGCGUGCGUUUACAUACUUCACAGAUCGGUGGAAAAGUAUAAUGCUGCGGAUGCUGCAGAAAUGCUGUCGACAGCAUUGUUACAGGCGAAGAACAAAGAGGCAGGAUCUCCCAUUAAAACGGAGUAAUUGUCACAGACAGGGCUUCAUAAUCAGAAGACUGAUGGCUUAGAGUCUAUUCCUAAAAAUGGCCGAGUUUUUACUGAUCAAUUUCUUCAGAUUGGGAUUUGUGAUUUACAAAAUCAAAGGAAGCUAGGUUAAGCAAACUCAGCCAAUAAUACUGAAUCAAUUUCGAUAUGUAGACUCGUGUUAUUAUAACAUGUAAAUCUUUAGAUUUUGUGGGAGGUCAAUUUUCGUAGAUUCCUCGUAUUCAAACCACAAUGAGAUAUUACACAAUUUAUAUGUUGUUUCGAUGUACAGAAACUGCAUCCUAUUGAAAUCUUAAAAUUUUGUCAAUCUGCGGAAAUAGGCCUCCCGUAAAUUUAAAUAAUUUUGCAGUAUAUGUCAAAUCUGCCAUACUAGUUGUAUUUAUGUUAGACCAGUUGACAUAAGCAGCCUAUCAUGUAAUUAGCAUGUAGCAGUUAGAUUGGUUCCAUUGUUGAGGACUAGAGAGUUCAGUUUGUAGAGCACUGUAACAGAGUCACAGGAGUUCUGAGUUUGUAAUGUAACGUAAUAAAUGGAUAUGUGCUGUAAUUUUCGGAAAUAAGGUUGAUGUGUUGUACAGGGUGAAAAGCUUUUAUUUAGCCAUUUUAUGAGAAAAUUCCUUAGGUUGGUCGAUUCCACAGAUAGGGCAAAGUCUCACCAAGCUAUUUCUAGUGCUAUUAUGAGGUCAAUAGGGCACGGGUAUCGUAAAUCAUACCAGUACAAAUCUUAUACAUGUAUGGGAAAGCAUUCAUUUUGAAAAUACAGUAAAUGAAAUUACCACUUUGCCAAUGGCAGUCUAACUUUCAGCAUUGCUGUUCAGAUUGUUUACUGUUUAUUAUCUGCCAUGUUGGAUUUUUACGUAUCGACUUUUCAGCAAACCCAGUGAAAUUUCCUUUUUCCAUUUCAGAAGUAGAACUACAUGUACUUUGUUAACAUUAAUUUCUGAUACAAUGUUUUUUUUUUUUUUUUGGUGAGGUUUGAGAUUUUACACUGAUUAUAUACUUGUAAUUAAAAACUUUGGGAAAGUUACGGACA